UUAGAGCUUGGAGAGCUGAAAUGAGAGUGAUCUUGUUUCUUUGAUUUAAUGCUUAUAUAGAAUAUCUUAAAUAUGUUAGUUGUGCUGAUCAAAAUAAUAUCUGUAUUUUAAGGUUGUGAAAAAUUUCUUCUUGUAACUAACAAAGUAUUGGGGAUAUUUUUACAGUGGCCUGAUAACUUUUUGAGGUUUUUCUGUAUCCUAUACAGUCUUGAUGUCUAACAACAGCUCUCUGGAUGGUGGUAAACCUUUACGGCGAGUGAUGGGUGAUCAAGGGAUUUUUGUACAGGUUUUUGUAGCAGUUCUUCUUUGCAUUAACUUUUUGCUGAUCAUAACGUUUUUUACGAAAGAAGCCUUUUUCACAAACAUGCGCUACAUUUUAUUUGCCACUGCAUUAUUUUCUGAUUGCAUAAAUUUAAUUAUCACAGAUGUGUUGGUGCUGUUUUACGCUUUUGCUUUUCCUAUACCCAUGGGGUCAUGCCUUAUCUUUUUCAUUGUGUCAUCUUUGUAUAAUUAUGUUACUCCCCUGACUUUGACAGCGAUGAGUCUGGAGCGCUAUGUGGCUAUUUGUAUGCCUCUGUAUCAUGUAGAGCUGUGCACCAGACAGAGAGCCCUGCAAGGUAUCCUCAUCAUACACAGCCUUAGCUUUUUACCCAGCAUUCUGAUUCUUAUAACCUUCUUUUCUAUAGCCACCAUAGGCUUCUUUGAAAAAUAUGGAAUCUGUUCUGUGGAGGUUUUUAUUUUGCAAAGAUGGCAGGGUCAUUUUAGAUCUGCAAUAGGUCAGUUUUAUUUCUUAAUCAUGUGUAUCAUCAUUGCUUUCUCCUAUAUUCAAAUAAUGAAGGUGGCCAAAGCUGCAUCAGGAGAGAACAAAGAAUCAAUACAGAAAGGACUCAGAACAGUGAUUCUUCAUGCUUUCCAACUAUUGCUCUGUCUUAUCCAGCUUUGGUCCCCCUUCAUCGAAGCCGCUGUGCUUCAAAUUGAUCUAAAUCUAUAUAUCAAAAUCAGAUUCUUUAUCUAUGUUUGUUUUAGUCUUGCACCACGGAGUCUGAGUCCUCUGAUCUAUGGUCUUAGGGAUGAGGCAUUUUUACUUGCACUGAAACAAUACUUGUUCUGUUUUGCAGGAAUUAACAAGUUAAAACUCUAAAUUUCCCAUAUUAUUCUACAUUUGAAAACAAAAAAUGUUAACAUAUUUGUAAGAUAUAUCAUAUACUGAGCUUGUGUUAACAGGCCAAACUGAGCUUCAGAAUUAUAUCUAAAUAUCUCAGAUAAGGCAGAUGACCUUUACCAAAAUUCUUCUUAUUCAGAACUCCUCUGGACAAGCCAGUUUGGCUUUCCAUGCCCACGUGCUCCAGAAGGCUGUACCCAAACAUCCCUCAACCAUGAAAACUAGUCAGAAUUUGUAAAACUAGCCGAGUAUCUAAUUUAUCUAAUAAUACAUUAGAUGAAGGCCGUAGAAUGAGUGAUGUGCUGCUAAAAAACACUCUCCACAGCUUAUUUCCACUUAUGUUAUGAGGGGAAUGCUUUUCAAAAGGAUAAUUUUCUUCUGCUGUGCAGUAAUGCCAGGUAUAAGGAAAAGAGUCAGAAAUGUUUAAUUUAAGUUGAUGAAAAAUGGAAAAUGUAGCUUUAAUGUGAAAAUGUAAAUAAUCAAUUAAG